AUGUUGCUGAUGGGUGGCCGUGCCAGUCACAUGAUCAUGCUCGUAUGUGCCCUGGCGCUGUUGAUGGAGACGGUCAGCUGCGGCUCCAGCUUCCUCAGUCCUGCUCAGAAACCUCCGGGGAGAGGAGACAGAAAGCCACCUCGAGUUGGACGCCGUGAUGCAGCCCAACCAGACAGCCCACAAGAGGAUGGCCACACUCUGAUGAGUUCUCCUUUUCAACUGGGCCUGAAGCUGACAGAGGCUGAGUUUGCAGAACACGGCUCUGCCUUACAGAGAAUCCUCGACUCCCUCCUGGGAGACACCGCAGACUGAUCCUACUGCUUUCUCGAAGAGUGUUUUUGCUCAACACAUCAAGAACACA